AGCCACCAUCUAAACCUGCACCCUUCAGAUCCAUAGCUCCACUCAACCACAUAUCAACAGUCAACAGUCUCAGUCAAUCUUACGAGUGAAGACAUACAUCUUAUUGUGCACCACACCGCACCAUAUCAUCACAGUUAUUAGAACCACAAGUUUUUAAAGACACAGCUCUCAGUGCUUCCACAGUCAGUAUACUGCAUGCCCUUUGAGCUGCUGACAAAGAUUUUCAAUGGCAAAGCCAGUUUCAAUUGAAGUGUGGAAUCCCAAUGGAAAAUACAGAGUUGUCAGCACAAAACCCAUGCCUGGAACUCGCUGGAUCAAUCUCUUAAUUGAGCAAGAUUGCAGAGUCGAAAUAUGCACCCAGAAGAAAACAAUUCUUUCUGUUGAGGAUAUCAUUGCUCUGAUUGGAGAUAAGUGUGAUGGAGUUAUUGGGCAGUUGACAGAAGACUGGGGAGAGACUUUGUUCUCAGCACUGAGCAGAGCAGGAGGCAAAGCCUUCAGCAACAUGGCUGUUGGCUACAACAAUGUGGAUGUUGAUGCUGCUAACAAGUAUGGAGUUGCUGUUGGGAACACACCUGGAGUACUUACAGAAACUACAGCAGAGCUGGCCGCUUCACUUUCUUUAACUGCCGCUAGAAGAAUAGUUGAAGCGGAUGAGUUUAUGAGGGCCGGCUUAUACGAUGGAUGGCUUCCUAAUCUAUUUGUGGGAAACUUGCUCAAAGGGCAAACUGUCGGUGUGAUUGGAGCUGGCCGUAUAGGUUCUGCAUAUGCCAGAAUGAUGGUUGAAGGUUUCAAGAUGAACCUAAUUUACUAUGAUCUGUACCAGGCUACCCGGCUAGAAAAGUUUGUUACAGCUUACGGUCAGUUCCUAAAAGCUAAUGGUGAACAGCCAGUGACUUGGAAAAGAGCAUCAAGCAUGGAGGAGGUGCUCCGAGAAGCAGAUGUGAUAAGCCUUCACCCAAUUCUGGAUAAAACCACUUAUCAUCUAGUCAACAAAGACAGUCUGGCAAUUAUGAAGAAGGAAGCAGUCCUUAUAAACUGUAGCAGAGGGCCUGUGAUUGAUGAAGUGGCUCUUGUAGAACAUUUGAAACAAAACCCUAUGUUUCGAGUUGGCCUGGAUGUCUUUGAGGAUGAGCCUUACAUGAAACCUGGUCUUGCUGACUUGAAGAAUGCUGUUGUGGUACCUCACAUUGCUUCUGCUUCGAAGUGGACUCGUGAAGGAAUGGCAACACUAGCUGCCCUCAAUGUCCUGGGAAAAAUUAAAGGAUACCCUGUUUGGAAGAAUCCAAACCAGGUUGAACCAUUUCUCAACGAGAAUGCUCCGCCACCUGCUGCCAGUCCUAGCAUUGUCAACUCAAAGGCCUUAGGUUUACCAGUUUCAAGGCUGUGAGCAUCAAUGCAAAUGAUUACAUUCAGGGCCUUCCUGGUGCAAACAGAGUAACUCAUACGGAAGGAAAAAUCCAGGCAGUGUCUUGCGAGCGUACAAUGCGGAAGAAUGCAAACGAUAGUGUAUAUUUUAAGGAUGGAUGUGGAGAAACAUGUAUCUGUUAUAUGUUUGUGCUAUAAACUACUGGCUUCAUAUUAAUCCUGCAAUGUAUGAGAUGUUAUUAAUGAAACCUUUCAUCUACAAUUUCAAAAUCCUUUCAUUCUA